AUGGGGUGGGGGGAGUCUUUUGGACAGAGCAGCUCUAAGAAAACCGAACAACUGGAGACAGCUGGCUGCAAUUUUUCAGAUCCUCAGGAAAGUUCUGAGUUUGCUUCUCCGUGUGGCACUUUGGAGUUCCUAGCUGGCACCAUUACCUCCAACGAGUGGAGUUCUCCCACCUCCCCUGAGGGGAGCAACGACUCGGGGGGCAGCGAGGCCUUGGACAAACCCAUUGACAAUGACGCUGAGGGUGUGUGGAGUCCGGACAUUGAGCAGAGCUUCCAGGAAGCGCUAGCCAUUUACCCACCAUGUGGACGGCGAAAGAUUAUCUUGUCAGACGAAGGCAAGAUGUAUGGCCGAAAUGAGCUGAUUGCCCGCUAUAUUAAACUGAGAACAGGGAAAACACGCACAAGGAAACAGGUAUCUAGUCACAUCCAGGUCCUGGCAAGGCGGAAAGCUAGAGAAAUCCAAGCCAAGCUCAAGGUAUGAUGGGUAGACAAAUAUGAUUUUUCUAGUGAGAAAGAUCAGGCAGCUAAAGAUAAAGCCAUGCAGAGUAUGGCUACAAUGUCAUCUGCCCAGAUUAUCUCUGCAACUGCCUUCCAUAGUAAAAUGGCCUUGCCUGGUCUCCCACGACCAGCCUACCCUGCUGUUUCUGGGUUUUGGCAAGGAGCUUUGCCAGGCCAAGCUGGAUCUUCCCAAGACGUGAAACCUUUUUCUCAACAACCUUAUGCUAUACAGCCUCCGCUGCCAUUACCAGGGUUUGAGUCUCCUACUGGCCUCUCGCCUUCCCCAUCAGCACCAGCUUGGCAAGGACGAAGGGUUGCUAGCUCCAAACUUUGGAUGUUAGAAUUCUCUGCAUUCUUGGAACAACAACAAGACCAAGACACAUAUAACAAACACCUGUUUGUGCACAUUGGGCAGUCAAGCCCCAGCUACAGUGAUCCCUACCUCGAGGCAGUGGAUAUCCGGCAGAUCUAUGACAAGUUCCCUGAGAAAAAAGGGGGCCUGAAGGAGCUCUUUGAAAGGGGCCCAGCUAAUGCCUUCUUCCUUGUCAAAUUCUGGGCUGAUUUGAACACCAAUAUUGAAGAUGAAUCCAGAUCUUUCUAUGGCGUGUCCAGCCAAUAUGAGAGCCCAGAAAACAUGGUCAUUACCUGUUCCACCAAAGUGUGUUCCUUUGGAAAGCAAGUGGUGGAGAAAGUGGAGACAGAGUAUGCACGCUAUGAAAAUGGACACUAUUCCUAUCGCAUUCACCGUUCCCCUCUCUGCGAAUACAUGAUAAACUUCAUUCAUAAACUCAAGCACCUUCCUGAGAAGUAUAUGAUGAACAGUGUGCUGGAGAACUUUACUAUCUUACAGGUUGUGACAAACAGGGACACACAGGAGACCUUGCUGUGCAUAGCAUAUGUUUUUGAGGUGUCAACUAGUGACCAUGGUGCCCAGCAUCACAUCUACCGCCUGGUGAAGGACUAG